AUUUGGCAAUCACAUUGUGAAUGUGUGAAAUUCGUUAUAGUCUGUUGCACUUUGAUUUGUUUAUAAAUGCUGACAGUAAUGUAGAAUGAAUGAAGUAUUCACCAGUGGUAGACACUUGUAUCGUUACUUCAUAUUAAAUGUACUGUUUCAUAUUGUAGAAUAUUUCUCAGCCUCAUCAUUCGAACAUUACAACUCUCAAUCAAAUGGAAGAAACUGUUUCGGUUAUCGUUGAAGAUAAUGAUAAAAUUUGUCAGCACCAUCAUUCGAACAUUAUAAUUCUCAAUCAAACGGACAUUGUGGUAGAUAAUGAUAAUAUUUCUCAGCCUCAUCAUUCGAAUAUUAUAAUUCUCAAUCAAAGGGAUGAAACUGUUUCGGACAUUGUGGUAGACAAUGAUAGUAUUCCACACCAUGAGCCUUCGAACAUUUCCGCUGAUUUUCACGUGGAUAUUUGCAGUCUGUCAGUUACCAAUGAUGAAUCACAUCAGGUUUCUUCGGUGAAAUCGAAGAAACGCAAAUAUUUACUGAUCGCGUCUUUAGGAUUUGUCAGUUUAGUUGGAAUUUCUCUGGCUUUGUUUAUGUUUCUUUACGUAUGGAAGUAAAUUAGACAAGCUAUAAUGUGAAGAAGUUGGAAUCAAGUGGAAUGUCAUCUAUUAACAGAUACUUUGAAGAAAUGUAGAAAACAAACAUUUGAAUCCUCAGGUCGUUAAAACAAUAUCUAUUUUCGCGUUAUUCUGUGAAUUUUUUUCUCCUUUCGACAAAAUCUCGCUAAAUUCUGUUAGUGGACAAAUUAUGUUAUCGAUCAAAUUUGCAAACAUUUUAAUAUACAGUUGGUUCGAUGUGAAUUUUUGAUUUCAUCGAGCGUAGUAUGUUUGGCUGUGUCCUCUGAAACGACUUCUGUUGGUUGAUAUGUUACUCAUCUCAUUUUCAUGUCAAUAUGUAACGUUGCUCUAUUCAACGUUGUUCAAUGAUGGGCCAUCGUUGCUCACCAAAGUCACAGAAAUUUUGAAACAACUAAACAGUUCAGAUAACUUGCUGACUGUUUCACUGGCUGUCCACGUUGAAACAUCGGAUAUUCUGAUUUUGUCUGGGCACAUCCAUUGUUUCAGGUGACAACAUGGCGUCGAAUAUAGUUGGAACAAUUAUUCCGAACAUUGUUUCGGCAGAAUGUUUUCCAUCUGGGACAUAAGGAUUGGAGGAAGUUUUAAAUGACCUUAAGAAUUCUAUAACCACCUGACCUGUCUCCUCGUCUCCCCCUCUCAGCACCGCUUGAAUGAUUCUGCAUUGAAUUGUGAGCCUUCAUCUUUCACUAGGAUCUCCGGAAAUCCAAAACAUUUGAACAGUUCAGAUAACUUGCUGACUGCUUCAAUGACUGUGUGAUUUGCCAUAGCAUAGACUUGUGGCCGUUUCGUGAGUGCGUCCAUUAUAACCAAAAACAUUUUGCCUUGCACUGGGCUGACGGAAUCUGUAUGCAGCCUCUCCCAUAAACUGUCUGGCUUUGUCUGUUGUGGUGGUCCGCAUUUUUUUAAUGUUUAGCUACUUGUAGGCAUAAGAAACAACUGCGGCGUCUAGUUUCGAUAGCUUCAUUCAUUGUAGGACAGUAAGCAUUGUUUUGAGCCGACGAUUUCGUCUUAUUGGUACCGGGAUGACCGUUGUGGAAUUGCUUCAGAACCUUUUGGCGUAAUGGUUUCGGAACAACGAUUAUGUCACUGAGCGUAAUACAUGAAUCAACAAUUAUCGUUGAGUCUCACCGGUAAAAAUAUCGCGGCCGUUCUCCUUGAAGACGAAGUUUUGGUUAUUUAUUGAGAAGACAAC